AUGAAACCGGUAGAUCCGAAUUUACCAGUAGUAAUUACAUGGGCAUAUGCUCAAAAAGAAGUCGCAAAAGCCAAAGGUUACAAUACAACAACCACAAAUUUGACAAAAGAACAAGAAGAUACUCAAGAAAAAGUAUUAAAUUUAUUACCGGUGCUUUCGGAAGUAAAUGCAAUUUCUGAAGAACUAAAUAAAUAUCGUGCAUUUGAGAUAGUUGUAAUGCCAACUGCUUCAUGGGAAGCAGUCAAUGUGAAAGGAUCAAAAGUUAUGAUAAAAAUGCGUAAUUUAUUAAAUCAGAACGCAUGGUUUUGGGAUGAAGUCAAAUUUAUGAACAGAAAUUACAUAAUAAAAGUAAGUUUUUUCUUGGGAAAUGUACUUUUGAUCACCAGAUGGUGAAAAGCUGCGCUAACUUUCUUGAACGUCCUUUGUUAAAGUUUCCGUAGUGUUUGAAUACGCUCACUAAGUCAAAUGAAAUAGUCAAUCCACUCGAAUAUUUACAUAAAUAUUGUUUUAUACCAACUGAAUGUGUGCAGGACGUAGCGAUAUUACUAACUAACAGGAUUGUUGCCAUAUCAGAAAAUUAUUGAACGUAAGACACCGAUGAGAACGAUAAAUAUCCAACCAAACUAACGGUUAGAUUAUCUAUUUUAUUUAACUUCUAUUAAAUUAGUGAUAAAACACGUAUUCGUUCAUUAGAGAAACAAAAAAGUAAAGAACAUUUAAAGAAAGUUAACACUACUUAUCAUUUGUAAAUAUGUUGUUUUUCUUUGUUUUGUAAGGUGCCGGAAAUGUAAAAAGUCAGCAAAAUUUAUUUUUCACUAGAUACUUAUUUAUAUUUCCAAAAUUACUUUUUUCUGAUUCUUCAUCAAAAAAUGAGUCUAAAACACUAUAUGUGAACAUUUUCAAACCCUCCCUUGGCUCAUGCAGCAUGGAUCAUGUUGCGUGAGCCAAGGGAGGGUUUGAAAAUGUUCACAUAUAGUGUUUUAGACUCAUUUUUUGAUGAAGAAUCAGAAAAAAAUAAUUUCGGAAAUGUAAAUAAGACAAGAACACUUCCGGCAUCUUACAUAUUUUUGUAUGUGGGUUGAGAAACGAAUAAUCUUCAGGGUGUUGAUCACAAUUUAGUGAUCAUAUAUAUCCAAAAUUUUGAUAAUGAAAAAAAUUCCUAUCCUUUUAUUUCAUAUCUUCAGUCAGAAAUAAAAAAAUUCAUACCUGAUGAGAUAAAAUACAUAGUGUAAAACACAGGCGACUGUAAUAAGGAAACAGAAUGCGAAAAAUGUGUCCUCCACACGGAAAGAAUAUGAUUGAAACGAUAUAUCAUCGCACUGUAAAAAAUCAAGUGUGCCACACACACUUCCGUCUAUAAUGGCUAGUGAAAGUACUGAAUGUGUAUCUAUCUUCAGACUUAGCUAGUUUCUAGAGAACACCCUCAAUGGUACGCCUAUGGGAUAAAAUGAAAUUUGGUCAAGUAUUGACAGUGUUAGUAAUUAAUUAAGCUUAAAUUAUAAUUAAUAUCUGAAUUGCUAGUCCCCCUUUUCGAAGCCUUGCAGUUCUAUCAAAAAUGAUCGUAAAAACGUCAUUCUUGCGUAGUUUGAGAGUCACUGAUCUACGGUUAUAGUUUAAAAAAAAUUUAAAAUUAUCUUUUUAUGGUAUUAGAUUAUAAUUAAUAAGUGCUAAUUAAUGCUAAUUAGGGUCACUUUGGUGUCUUACACUUCUAUUUGUAAGUUACCGAUUCCUGGCGAUCGUGAACGAAUUUAUCAUUUGACAGAGAUUUUCGAGCGCUACAAAAUUCUGUAUUUGCUUUGCCAAAAGUUACUAAUUAACAGUUAUUUUUACCCAUUUUUAGGUAUAUUAGAUUUCUAAGUGAUUUAUUACUGUGUACAGAAACCAUUUUUAAAUAACUUUUGACUGACAGUAGCUA